CGUUGAAACAUAGUAGUGAAAUACAGUGAAAAAUGGCCGAUACAGCUACUGAAGUCGUUACCGCAGCAUCGGUUGCCGCAUCUCCAGCCAAGACACCGAAAAAGGCUCGUGCUCCUAAAGGAGAGGGUAAGAAACCGAAAAAGCCAGCCACUCAUCCACCAGUGAAUGAAAUGGUUUUAGCCGCCAUCAAGACUUUGAAGGAACGUAAUGGAUCAUCUCUUCAGGCCAUCAAGAAGUAUAUCGGUGCCAAUUACAAGUGCGACGUUGCUAAGCUCUCAACUUUCAUCAAGAAAUCUCUGAAGAGUGGUGUUGAGAAAGGUAGUCUUGUGCAAACCAAAGGAAGUGGAGCAUCGGGGUCCUUUAAAAUUAAAUCUAAGGACAAGACACCUGCGGGCGAGAAGAAACCAAAGAAAACUGCGGCUGGGAAGAAGCCUUCAGGGGAAAAGAAAGUUGCCAAAAAGGCAGCCACUCCCAAAACUGCUGCCGUCAAAAAGCCUAAGGCAGCACCAGCAAAGAAAGCGGUUGAGAAGAAGGCUAAAGCAGCCGUCGCCAAAGUUGCCAAAAAGGCUGGAACCGUGAAAAAAGCGGCCGCUCCCAAACAGAAAGCAACCAAACCAUCGAAAACAGCGGCGAAGAAGCCUAAAACUCCAAAACCGAAAAAGGCUGCACCGGCUAGGAAACCCGCUCCGAAGAAAGCCGCCGCCAAGAAGUAA